GUUUGUUUUGUUUCCACCAGGGUUCGAAAUGAGCUCUCUACCCUAGGCGAGCGGUGUAGGCUAGCCUGCUCACUGUCGUAUAUACCAUUGCAUCAUUCUGGAAACAUACUUUCGCUCGGAAGCUGUGUACUUCUUCACUUUUCCGCGAAAUGCUCGGGGGUCGUUUCAAAAUGUCGCGCUCACAUGCUAUUACGCAAAUCGAAAGCAGGGAGAGAGAUCCCUCGUCAUUUUGAAUUGAGCGGCGCCUCUGUGAAGUACGGCAGGUCAGCUGGCGUAUCACACACAGAUUUAUUAUUUAUUGAGAAUAAGAUGGCGGAGUUCUCCCCGGUACUGUCGCUGCGGGAUGGAGACGGUCGGCUCGGACUACCGGUCUUUCCCAGGUCACGGUCAGGCUCGGAAUCCGAAAGUGAGCUCUCGCAGAGCCUGGCCCGCACCAAGACCCGCUCCUAUGGCAGCACAGCCAGCGUCACCGCUCCUUUGGGAGAGAAGUACAUCGAACACAGAGUGACGGACAGUGACACGCUGCAGGGAAUAGCACUGAAAUACGGUGUGACGAUGGAACAUAUAAAGAGGGUUAACAAGCUUUUCGGCAACGAGUGUAUAUUCCUGCGGAACAGCCUGAACAUCCCGGUGGCGUCGGAAAAGGCCUUCAACGGACUGUUGACUCUGGAAUCUCCGGAAGGCGAGGCGGGCGAUGGCCAUGUGCUCUGCGACGGGCCCGCGGAGACUCCGGACGGGGACGGAGCGUCCUCAUCACCCACGCCCGCGCCUCAGGACGCCAGCUUACGCCCUGCUCCGCCAGAGGAGCUUUCAGCCAAGGACUACUUACACAGACUGGACUUGCAGAUUAAAAUGUCCAAGCAGGCAGCCAGGAAACUCAAAGAAGAGGAUAUCAGGGAUCAUGAGGAGGACUUGCUCCCCACAUCAUCGUACCAGGAGAUCUGACGAGGAGGAAGAGUGCGGAUGAAGGAGCAGUUAUGUACCCAGGCGCCAUUUUAUUAUUUUUGAUUUUACCUUUCCUGUUUUCUUUUAUUCUUGCUUUUAACCAAAUCAUGACAAGGACUUCAUGUCCAUGUGUUUGCACUGAAGUUUCAACCUUUGCCUUUUCAAAAAAGAAAUAAAUGUUGUUAUUAUUAUUAUUAUUAUUAUUAUUAUUAUUAUGAUUGUUAUUAUUCUUAGUUUUUAUUAUGUCUUGUCCAUGGAGAGAGAGAGAGUAUUGGGCUUGACCCCUGACCUCUUAUGUCACAUCCAGUGAAAGCACAAGAGUGUCAUAUUCGGGAAGCCGCUCCUUACUUAAAUGGGUUCCCAGCCCUGGUCCAGGGGCGUUGGUUCACAUUACUGCUUUGUCAUACUGAGAGCUGGGGGAAGUGGGUGUGUACGGACUGGGGCUUUAUUAAUGCAGCAAAUAAUAUAGUCCAGGGGUUUCAAACUGAGGUCCAAGAGGUUUUUCAAACCCUGAGGUCCAAGAGGGUUUUCAAACCCUGAGGUCCAGGAGGGUUUUCAAACCCUGAGGUCCAAAAAAAGCUCCAGGUGAUCCUCACCGUUAAUAAAAAUGGCUUUUGUUACACAUUUUCAAAAUCACACAUUUCAGACUAUCAGACUAGCUAUCAGACUGAAUAAAUAUUACAUAUUCAUGUUGUACUAAAUGCGUGCCUGACAUGGAUCCAUGAAAGCUCCAUUCUUAGCAUGUUAAAUAGCUACUCUGUACAAAAUGUUAUAGGGGGAAUGUUAUAGGGAACCCCUGGUUUCAGCAACCAUUUCAGUAUUCAGGUAGUGGGAAGAAAUAUCCUGAAUUCACUUUUUCAGGAGUUGUUAAUCUUUUGCUUACAGCUUCUCUUGAACACAUCCUAUUUAAAGUCUGUCUUCAAGUAUUCAACAUAUUUCAAAAACUAUAGUCUUCAACGUCUUUUUUUAAAGGAAUGAAAAUAUUCACUUGAAGUUGUGGGUGUGUGGAGGUGUGUUAAUUUGUGUUAUUUUUACAUUUUUAUUUUGCCUAUUAAAAGCUAUUUUGUGAAAGGGACAAUUCUGUUUUGAAGUGUGAAUGUGUUGUGGCAAUUCCAGUUUAAACCUCAGUAGAUUUGGUUGUUUUAAUAAUAGGUUUAUGACCAUUUGGUUUUGAGGAACAAUAAAUAAAUCAUCUGUAAACCAAAA